UUGCCCAGGCUACUGUUCCCGUUGUUUACAUUGCAAAAUGUGAAACUGAAGUUGUGUGGGCUGGAGGUGGAGACGAACUGAAAAGGUUUCGGGAAUGUAAGCUGCUGCGCUGUAGUCCGCCAGGAAAUGGACGAGAUAAGUCCUCUGUUGGGCAACCAGCCACAUGGCUCGGACCUUCCGUCUCCGAACCUGAGGCCGAGACACCAGGAACUGAUCCUGACACCAUGUGGCCCGAUAAAGCGCUGGUCGGAGCUGCCGCGCCUGCUGCAGGUCUAUUUCUGCUUCGCCAUACUGUCUCUGCUGGCGCUGCUCGGCCUCACCGUGUCCAGCCUCUACAAGCAGCACACGGACACGGACGUGUCCGAUGAGGACAACUUCACUGUGUCGCUGAUCCAGCUAGUUGGAAUAGUGUUCUGCAUCUACUACAUUAUCCGCGGCGUGCUGCAGGAGAACCGACAGGAGCUGGUGGCGUUCGUGCUCAGCGUGCUGGUAGUGAUGAUUCGGUCGGUGGUCAACUUCUCCGUGCUGGGUACGAAAGGCCAAGAGGAGCUGCUGGUGCGUUUCGUGUGCAUCGUCACCCUGGGCGUCGUGCACAUCUUUUGCACCACGCUGCUCAUCCGGAGACCGAACAUGAUGGCGUUCCGUGUGGGCGGAGCCUUGGAGUGCCUUCAAGAGCAGUAUUUCCUGCUAAACCUGUGUUUCUCCAUGGUGACCUUUGACCUGCAGGCUCAGUUGUGCCUGUGUGUCCUGAUCUUAACAACGAGCCUGGCCGCGACUGGUGCCAACAACAUAAUCGUGGGUGUCGGAGUGUUCUGGGCCAUCCUGACUACAGUUGUGGGCGCUGUUGCGGUUUUAAAGGAAAAGAAAGUUUUGGUUUGGAUCUUUAUGGUGCAGAACGUUCCUCAGGUGGCAUUCUUUGUGUAUCUGAUGUACACGGUGGCAGAGAAAUGGUUCCAGGACACUACGUACACAGUGGAAGCAGCUGCUAUAACCGGGGCUUUGAUUUCACUGGUGAUCAAAGUGGUUUUAUUCUGGGGCCUCAUCAGACUGGUACACAGCUUUGGACAAGGCCUGAGGGAGAGAAUGUUUGCACAUAACAGGUGAUAAAACAUCAAGACCAAGGAAACAGCUGCACGCUGUGGGCUUAAAGCACCGUGCUGCUGACCGCGAAGCUCACAUUUGUAUUCAGCAUCAAGUGUGCCAAAAUCAUCACUCAGCAUUGUUUUAUUUUUCUAUGUUCUGUAUACUGUAAGAAUGUUAAUGUGUUUCUGGCUUCAACGACGUCCCUGUUUACAGCAUUUUAAUGAAUUCUCAGGCUUUGUUUGCAUCUGAUAUGAUCAGUCUGUACCUGAAUACGUGCAUGCAUCAUGACGUGCGAUGCGGCUCUCUGUAUUUAAAAGUCCUCACUAUCCAGGUUGUGCCAACACUUUUAUAUUAGUGCAUUAUGUGUAUUAGCUAAGCAUGGCUCACUGAGUCUAUGAGCUCCAUCGUUUUUACCCCUGCCGAGCGUACGCUCUGUCGCUCUCUGUGGCACGACUAAAAUAUUUCCUUUGAAUGUCGCCACGCAGGUAGAUUGUUCUGGUAUCCUGUCAACAUGCGUUUGUAAACUAGCUUCAUAUAAUCGUUUUUACACCAAUAUGCAUUUUAACACCUAAAUCGAGUUUUGUAGCGUUGCCAACAUCCUCCACUUUUUAAAAAAUGUGAUUUCUUCCUGUAAAUUGUAUUCACAGUUCUAUUGACUGAUUUAAGUUUGCUUUUUAAAAUUAGAAAUGUGUAAAUUAACUCGUGCAGUCGACCACCACGACUAGCCGUGUUUUUAUUGACAUAUUUUUUAAACUGUCUGCUGCACUUUAUUGCACUCUUGUUUUUUUUCAUUCAAAGUUCUUAAUAAAG